AUGGCAACUCUGACAGCAAGGAAGGUGGGGGGAGCGACGAACCAAAGGAGGGAGAGUGGAGAGUCAUGCUGCUCCCUUGACGGCGUCGUUUCAGACCCUCAGACCAAUCUUCUUGGUCGAGCCUGCCUCCAAUAUAAUAGAGAUGAGUACGGUACUAAGUCCUUCAAUGACAGUGUAAGCGCAACGUUUCACGAUCUCUCAUAUCAGGUGGUGAAUCAGAUCAAGUUCUUCGCCACGGCGCAGCAGACCGACGGAAACCUCCCCGUUUACGGUAUUUUUCAGUGCAGAAGCUACCUUUCCGUCGCCGACUGUGCCGCCUGCUUUACACAUGCCGCCGCACAGAUCUUGAACUGCUCCGCCGGCACUAACUUUGCUCGUGUCAUCUUUGACGGCUGCUUCCUCAGGUAUGAGAGUACCAAUGUACUUGAGCAGACAACAGGAAUUUUCAAUACUGCAUCGUGUGGGAAUCAAAGUGUAAAAGUAGCAGCCGCUGCAUUUACUUCAGCUGCACAACAACUCCUGAUGGAUCUUCAAACCACAACGCCCAAAAUCACUGGUUUUUCUGCAGCAACAAAAACUCAAGUCCCUGAUAAUAAUAAUGAUGAUGAUGAAACUAUUUAUGCCUAUGCUCAGUGUACUGAAACUAUCUCACAAAGUGGGUGUGAGGAUUGCUUGAAACAAGGGGUCAACAGAGUACGGACUUGCCUUCCCAAUUCAGAUGGUAGGGCAAUUUGA